AUGGCGGCGAACAGAAACCGCCGCCUGGUCAAGGAGAUUCAGGACGUCCAANAAGACUCUCACUCGGGCGUCUCGCUCGAGCCGCUGAACAAGGCACAAACCGGCUCCGACACUCUCGAUGAUUUGACACAUUUCAAGGGCCUCUUCCGUGGGCCGCCCGACACUCCCUACCACGGUGCUACCUACCAUGUCGACAUCAAGAUCCCCAACGACUAUCCUUUUCAGCCACCCGUCAUGAAGUUCACCACAAAGAUCUGGCACCCAAACAUCUCGAGUGUUACUGGUGCCAUCUGCCUCGACACUCUGGGCUCGGCCUGGUCUCCCGUCCUUACCCUCAAGUCCGCCCUCAUAUCUCUCCAGUCACUACUAUCCUCCCCCCGAANNCCAANNAAAGAUCCCCAAGACGCAGAGGUCGCUCGCAUGCUCAUCACAAAUCCCAAAGAGUUUGAACACGUCGCUCGUGAGUGGGCAAUCAAAUACGCCGGUGCUCCCCAAGGUCCUCCCGGCUCGGAAAGCGCCGGCGCAGAGGGAAGUGGAGGUGUCACCGAAGAGACACUGAAACACAAGGACGACCAGAAACGGGAGAAGGCAGAAGCCGCAAAACUUGCCCAGUAUGCUGCCGUCUACCACUCGGUACAUCGACACAGAUCGCUGACAUGCGCUACAGGUNAUCACGGUUACAACAAGUCUCUGGUGGACCGCUUCUCUGCCAUGGGCUUCGACGUUCCAACCGUGGUUGCCGCCUUUGAGUUUACUGGUAUUGACAAGAACGACGGCGAAGACUACGAGCUCGAGGAGGAGUACAUGGGCGACAUUACCGCAAGGCUGUUUGGCGAGGCAUGA